AUGAGUGAUGGCAUGUACAUGCAUGAUGUACACGCGACCUUUUUUGGUAACACAUGCCUUUUUCUGUCCGACUAAGAAGACCGUUUAAGAAAAAUGAGAUGUAGGGUAGUUGACCGUCCAGCGCACUUGGUGAAUUUUUAAUAAUUUUCAACCAUAGUGGGCUUUUGACGGGUUAUAUUUAUUUUCGUCUUAGUUUCUUUAGACGAAAUUUGUAUCUCCUUUUUCUUUUGCAAUGUGCAAGAAGAAUCGGUAGAUAUCUGUACAGUAGGUUGCAAGGUUAGUACAUUAGGUAUUUACGAACAAUUCAGCCACGUGCAGAUAAGCGAUAAGCCAGCUGGCAGGUGCGGUUUGUCAAGUGCAGAAACCUCGGGGGGUAAGAACGGUUUAGUACCUAGCUCGAUUAGGGCCACCUUGAUCAAAAUUCAAAAAAAAAAACCUUGGUUUGGAAACUUGCCCGGCUAGGGAAGAAUAAGACAGCUGAGCCCCUCUUCUCGACGCGACGACUCUCUAUUAGCCAUACAUAAUCAUAUCGCCAAUGACCUCUCAAAUUUGAACAUCUCGGUUAUUGACGCGCGCUCGGGCGAGACAUUCAAUCCACCAUCCCUCCUUCACGGUUCACGGACGUUCACGGCAUCCCCCGAAGACGAACCGAACACAUUACAACAGCCCUGGCUGAAAGCCUCGCUACCUCGGCGCGGCAGCAGCCACUACCAUCGCGCCCAUGUGGUGGUUUUUUCGCAUCGUCUCCAGCUCCGUCUUCCUGUUGACCAUCGUACUAUCCAUACCCAUCUCCUUCGAUGUAGGCGGACGUGAUAGCGGCUUGGCCUACAGCCUGUCGCUCUUCGCUUUCUACCUGGUCUACAGCGCUGUCAAGCUCGCUACCCCCGAAAACUCGCGCAUAGGCUGGGUUGUCUCCAGGUUCCUCCAGUCUUCUCAGUGGAUUGUGAUUCCGACCCUCUUGAUAUGGUCUCUGCACAAUUUUGCUGUUGAUGCUAACAGCACCGACUGGGUAUCGAGAACAAUCGGUGGAUUCGGUGGUCAAAAGCCCACUGCUACCUGGACCGAUUGGAUCUUCGGCAAUGGCGGGUUCGUAGAAUCAGUCACUCUUGGUACUUGGGAUAAGGCGUUGCGUUAUUCGAGCCCCGUCUUCCAGCUUGCCGAAGGCUUCUGUACGUUGUUGGUCAUCCAAGCCGCAGGUCAAAUUUCGAGAUGGCUUGUGAACCGUGGAAGAAGCGAUACUUGGGUUCUUAUUCUCCUGAUAUUAUCUGCGUCUAUCAUCGCCAGUGCCGUCUACUUCCUAUGGCGGGUCGCUUUAUUCCCAUCUAUCAGCAAUAUCGAUGCGACCCUCAUCGGCGUGACUGUUACGUCUGCAGUUUUCUUAUGUGCGAUAGGAAUUCUUUCCGGCCGCGGUAAUCCCGUUGAGUCGUCUUUACUAUUUGCCUACAUCGUUCUAUGUGUAUAUCAGAUAUUCACCGACUAUGUUCAGUCACCGGAGGCCCAGGCUGCCGCUGCAGAACAAGCUGCAAAUCAACCAGAGUUUCCACCCCUGCCUCCCAUCAUUAUGGCGAGCUACUCGACUCUCGUCCACCUUUUUAAUUUGUUACCCGAAGCCGUGUACUCCUCACUGAGUUUCCUCCAUGCUGCAUUCCAGACUAUUGCGCCUUCCGUCAUGAUCUCCCUGACUUACCGACUAAUCGUUUUUUACUGCGCAACUCGUAUUAUUCCAGCGGUACGAGAAUCGGGCGCACGUGCCCUCCUAGAGGAGCCGUCUUUGGACGACUCAGACGAAGCAAAUCGCAUUUUAGGUUUCCUCUCAUGGUUCUCUCCUUCUAUCCUUAUCUCCGUCUAUACAAGUCUUCUACUUCAACAUUUUUCUGCCAGCGGUGGUGAAGAAGGCUGGACACUCCGACAUGGGGAUGCGGGAGGCAAUACCUGGCGUUGGGUUAACGUUGCCGCUACAAUGAGUCUCUAUGCUAUCGAGUUAUAUCUAGGUAGCGAUGAUUCGGACAGCGGUUUAGUUAACCAUUGGAAGACGGACUAGACAAGGUUGUCUAUUAAUUCCGAAGUUAGCAAGGCUGAGAUAUUUUGACCUGUGGUAUGAAG